GGCUCGGCGGGCUGGCCUGUGGUGCAGGAGGAGGGGCUGGGGCCCCGCAAGCAGCACCAGGAGAAGGGGGGAGGCAGCCCCGCAGUGCAGGAGCGUGGGGAGGCCCGCGCCGGGGUGCAGGAGCAGGGGGAGGGGAGCCCACGCCGCCUGCUGCAGCAGCCCGAGCCUUUCUCCGAGUUCGGGGACCGCUCCUGGGAGCGCGGGGAGGGGCUCGAAAGUUCCGGGGAGCAGGGAGGGCAGUACUGGGAGAGCUGCGGGCACCUCAGGCGGGAGGCGGUGGUCCUGGGAGCGGCCCCGGCACGCCGGGAGAGACUUGAGCUAGUGGGGAGAGCCCGGCCUGUGGGGCCCCGGGGGCCUGAGGGGGAGGGGCGCCUGGGGGUGCAGGAAGCAAAUUGGCUUCCUGGGGUGCAGGAAGGACAGGUGGUGCGGGCUGUGCAGGAGACAUACCUAGACGAGAAGGGGUCCCAGGAGGGAGAGGGGCCCCCUGAGGGGCACAGGAUCCGGAGGCGCCGGCGGAGGAGGAGGUGGUAACCGACAGGCCGGCUGCCCGGCGCGAGGAUAGCUCCAGGGCCGAGGUGAGCGCGAGAUGUAGGGGCUUGGGGAUUGGAGUGUUGGAAGCCACUGCCCGAGAGCAGGCAGUGUGUCCUGCUGGAUCCUCUUCUGCCACCUCAGCCCGGACCUCAUCGAAACUGUCUGCAGGGAGGCAGCAGAAGGCAGCAGAGGCUGGGGAGCAGCAGCAUGCAGCCGGAGGAGGGCACGGGCUGGCUGCUGGAGCUGCUGUCCGAGGUGCAGCUGCAACAGUACUUCCUGCGGCUCCGGGAUGACCUCAACGUUACCCGCCUGUCCCACUUUGAGUAUGUCAAGAAUGAGGACCUGGAGAAGAUUGGCAUGGGCCGGCCUGGCCAGCGGCGGUUGUGGGAGGCUGUGAAGAGGAGAAAGGCCAUGUGCAAACGCAAGUCUUGGAUGAGCAAGGUGUUCAGUGGAAAGCGACUGGAGGCUGAGUUCCCCCCUCAUCACUCUCAGAGCACCUUCCGGAAGACGUCACCCACCCCAGGGGGCCCGGCAGGGGAAGGGCCUCUGCAGAGCCUCACCUGCCUCAUUGGGGAGAAGGACCUGCAUCUAUUCGAGAAGCUAGGAGAUGGCUCCUUUGGCGUGGUGCGCAGGGGCGAGUGGGAUGCCCCUUCGGGGAAGACGGUGAGUGUGGCUGUGAAGUGCCUGAAGCCUGAUGUGCUGAGCCAGCCGGAGGCCAUGGACGACUUCAUCCGGGAAGUUAACGCCAUGCACUCGCUUGACCAUCGCAACCUCAUUCGCCUGUACGGUGUGGUGCUCACGCCGCCCAUGAAGAUGGUGACAGAGCUGGCGCCGCUCGGAUCGCUGCUGGAUCGGCUGCGCAAGCACCAGGGCCACUUCCUCCUGGGCACCCUGAGCCGCUAUGCUGUGCAGGUAGCAGAGGGCAUGGGCUACCUGGAGUCUAAGCGCUUCAUUCACCGUGACCUGGCUGCCCGAAAUCUGCUGUUGGCCGCCCGAGACCUGGUCAAGAUCGGGGACUUCGGGUUGAUGCGUGCACUUCCCCAGAAUGACGACCACUAUGUCAUGCAAGAGCAUCGCAAGGUGCCCUUUGCCUGGUGUGCUCCUGAGAGCCUGAAGACACGCACCUUCUCCCAUGCCAGUGACACCUGGAUGUUUGGGGUCACACUGUGGGAGAUGUUCACCUAUGGCCAGGAGCCCUGGAUUGGCCUCAAUGGCAGUCAGAUUCUGCAUAAGAUUGACAAGGAGGGAGAGCGUCUGCCACGGCCUGAGGACUGCCCCCAGGAUAUCUACAACGUCAUGGUUCAGUGCUGGGCCCACAAGCCAGAGGACAGACCCACCUUUGUGGCCCUGCGGGACUUCCUGCUGGAGGCCCAGCCCACGGACAUGCGGGCCCUUCAGGACUUUGAGGAACCAGACAAGCUGCACAUCCAGAUGAACGAUGUCAUCACCGUCAUUGAGGGAAGGGCUGAGAAUUACUGGUGGCGUGGGCAGAACACACGGACGCUGUGUGUGGGGCCCUUCCCGCGCAACGUGGUGACCUCCGUGGCUGGCCUGUCGGCCCAGGACAUCAGUCAACCCCUGCAGAAUAGCUUCAUCCACACGGGACAUGGCGACAGUGACCCCCGCCACUGCUGGGGCUUCCCCGACAAGAUCGACGAACUGUACCUGGGAAACCCCAUGGACCCUCCUGACCUGCUGAGCGUGGAACUGAGCACCUCCCGACCCACCCAGCAUCUAGGAAGGGUGAAAAGGGAGCCUCCACCUCGCCCACCUCAGCCUGCCAUCUUCACUCAGAAGCCAACCUAUGACCCCGUGAGUGAGGACCAGGACCCCCUGUCCAGCGACUUCAAGAGGCUGGGCCUCCGGAAACCAGCCCUGACCCGUGGGCUGUGGCUAGCGAAGCCCUCGGCUCGGGUCCCGGGCACCAAGGCGGGUCGCGGUGGUGGGGGCGAGGUCACACUCAUUGACUUUGGCGAGGAGCCUGUCGUCCCCGCCCCGCGACCCUGCGCGCUCUCGCUGGCGCAGCUGGCCAUGGACGCCUGCUCCUUACUGGACAAGACCCCGCCACAGAGCCCCACGCGGGCCCUGCCCCGGCCCCUGCACCCCACGCCUGUGGUGGACUGGGACGCGCGCCCACUGCCCCCGCCUCCUGCCUACGACGAUGUGGCCCAGGAUGAGGAUGACUUUGAGGUCUGCUCCAUCAACAGCACCCUGGUGGGUGCAGGGGUCUGUGCUGGGCCCAGCCAGGGUGAAACCAACUACGCCUUUGUGCCUGAGCAGGCGCAGUUGCUCCCUCCCCUGGAGGACAAUCUGUUCCUCCCACCCCAGGGUGGGAGCAAGCCGCCCAGCUUGGCCCAGACGGCAGAGAUCUUCCAGGCGCUGCAGCAGGAGUGCAUGCGGCAGCUGCAGGUCCCGGCGGGCUCCCUGGGCCCUUCUCCCGGCCCGGCCCCAGCGGGUGAGGACAAGCCCCAGGUGCCCCCCCGCGUGCCCAUUCCCCCGAGGCCCACUCGCCCACGUGGCGAGCUGUCGCCGGCCUCCUCAGGUGAGGAGGAGAUGGGGCGGUGGCCCGGACCGGCCUCCCCUCCCCGGGUGCCUCCCCGGGAGCCCCUGUCCCCUCAAGGCUCAAGGACCCCUAGCCCCCUGGUACCGCCCGGAAGCUCCCCGCUGCCGCCCCGGCUCUCCAGCUCACCGGGCAAGACCAUGCCCACCACCCAAAGCUUUGCCUCAGACCCCAAGUAUGCCACACCCCAAGUGAUUCAGGCGCCUGGCCCGCGGGCUGGUCCCUGCAUCCUGCCCAUUGUCCGCGACGGCAAGAAGGUCAGCAGCACCCACUAUUACCUGCUGCCUGAGCGCCCACCCUACCUGGAGCGCUAUCAGCGCUUCCUGCGUGAGGCGCAGAGCCCCGAAGAGCCGGCCCCCCUGCCUGGGCCCCUGCUGCUGCCCCCGCCCAGCACCCCAGCCCCUGCCGCCCCCACGGCCACUGUUCGACCGAUGCCCCAGGCUGCCCCAGACCCCAAGGCCAACUUCUCCACCAACAACAGUAACCCAGGGGCCCGGCCACCAGCCCUGAGGGCCACGGCGCGGCUGCCACAGAGGGGCUGCCCUGGGGACGGGCCAGAGGCUGGACGGCCGGCAGACAAGAUCCAGAUGCUGCAGGCCAUGGUGCAUGGGGUGACCACAGAGGAGUGCCAGGCAGCCCUGCAGAGCCACAGCUGGAGCGUGCAGAGGGCUGCCCAGUAUCUGAAGGUGGAGCAGCUCUUCGGGUUGGGCCUGCGGCCGCGAAGCGAGUGCCACAAAGUGCUGGAGCUGUGCGACUGGAACCUGGAGCAAGCCGGCUGCCACCUUCUGGGCUCCUGUGGCCCGGCCCACCACAAGCGCUGAGAUGUCCAGAGAGCCAGAGGGUCUGCCCUGAAGGAAUCACUUGAGCCUGUCCAUCUCACAGGGGUGGGGAGAGACCCCGCUCGGGCCUGGAGGACCUGCUGCCACUUGCUGCUCCUAGUGGCGGAGCCAGGCCAAGGCAGUAGGAGACCGGGAGCCCCGCCUUGCCGUCCCUCCCUCACCCAGUGCUGUCCCGCAACUUUGGAUCAGCCCUUGGUACCCUCAGCCAAGGGGCAGGAAGAAGCCCUGUGAAGGCAGGCCUGGUGGCGGCCUCAGCAGGCCCUGCAGCUGACCUGCCUCUGGCUCCAGCCCCCGGUGUGGGGCCUGUGGCCGGAGCGUGUCCCCAGGCUCUGCCCACGGGGAAGCCAGGCUUGACCCGUGCAGGGAGGAUGUGUUGGCUACACAGAAGGGCGGACCAGCACCCAGCAGGCCCUCCCUGGGGCAGGGCCCUUCUCCAGGGAUCCCCCUGGUGGGCAGUUGGGGUGUCGGAGAGAAUGUGACUUGUGGCCUCGCCAUGGAUACGUUAUGGGACUUGGCUGGUCUUAGGAUCUUGUGCCUGGAAAUAGCCCUAAGUGGCUCAGGAAGCAGAGCAAGGGUGCCAGAUUGUUCUCUGGCAGGGACCAGGGCCCAAGGCCCCAGGGUUGGAAGGAGACCAAGGGGGCAGCUGCCCUGGAGGGACACCAGAGCUUCCUCUUUGACCCAGCUCCUCCCCUGUGCUGUUCCAUGUUUUCCUGCCAACGUCUGCCGCCAAAGUUGCUGCCCCAGCUGUGGAUCCCUGCUUCUUCCAGAGAAAUAAAGCUAGUUUCUAUUUUACGUUA